CGCAAACUGAUAAAAUAACCAACAAAACACAAUUUCUUAUUUUUCAAACAAAUAUCUAAGGGAGGGUGUCAAGACGUGGCGAAACCUUAGAAGUUGUCAGAAGACGCCGGAAAGAUAUCUGCUAAAUACAAAGCAUUAUCCUGAUUAGUGCCUUAGUGAUUAAUAUGUCUCUUAAUGCUUCUUACCAACAUAAACAUGGCAUGUGCAAGCUAUGACCACACACACGACCACUUAAUUAGUAGUACUAAUUAAUUAAUGAUUUUUCUUUUAUUCUCGCUUUUAAUCCUAAAUUAAAUAGACAUUAAGGUUUAAUAAAGUAGAUAGCUGCAAACUGUUAACUGAAAGUCAUUUUUUUCUUACGUACUUGAACUUAUUAGUUCCAUGUGUUACACUUUAUAUCAUACUAAUUUUUUACAAACUUUUUAUUUUGUUAUAUUUUUAGAGGGUGAGAUAGCGACCUCACUUUUAUUUCUAUGGUCCGUGAAAGCUAUGAUUAGUUAUUUUCUAGCUUGGAAGAUAAAAGAAGACUAAGAUUUUCAAUUAGGUUCAUCCCCCCCUCUGCUUAUUAUAGCUAAUCACCGGCUUAUAAUGAAAAUAAUUUAGGAUACUUAAUUAAGGCGAUAGUUUUUAAAUAGUGAUAAGCUGUUAUAUAUUGCAUAUAUGUAAGCUGUAGACAUAUGUGCAAUAUAGUGGAUUAGGGCAGAAGGAGACACUACAAUGCCGAUGCAUGGCAUUUAGAUGGAUGGUCAUGCAAUUAUUAUUGUAGCAAUAAUGAAGUAUGCAGAGGCAAAUAAGAUUUGGUUAUAAGAAGGAAAAUUGAAAAGAGACUGGAAGAUCCUUAAAUCCAACAAGUGGGGUACGUGCGUACCGCAUGAGGAGGGGAUGGCACCCUACCCUCCCAUAUCACUUGGUUAACCCACGUACAUUUAUGUUAAAUAUUUUUUAUGUUUUAUUUCUACUCGUACUUCCCUUAUAGUUGCAACGCAUUAUUAUUUGUUGCAGAUAUUUACCAUAAUAUACGAACAUGUAUAUUCAAGUAAUUCGAUAAGAUCGUAGCGUCUGCGUGUUUUGAUUUUAAUUUCUAUGUAGUGAAUAUAACGAUGUCAAUCAUAGAUUUUAUUGAUUUUAACGAAUUUGAAGAGCUUAGGCACAUCAUAUUUGACCGAGAGUAAUGUAUCAUGUGCAUACUAUGGAUUUCAAUAUUUCAUGAUUCAUUUUAAAAUUUAAGAUAUAGAUUUUGACUCGUCCUUAAAAUAGCGAAUAUAUAUUUUUGUUUUACAUUUGUUUAGAAAUUUAUUUUUUAGUCAUAUUUGUAGUUUCUUUGUAUAAUAUUUUUCUUAAAUAAUUAAUAAAAAGUUUUAAUAAUUAUAUUAGAAUAAUUAGACCAUACCUAUAUCAAUAGGUCAUGUUCAUGUUUUAAUAGAAUAGAUAAUUAUAUUUUUAGUCAUAUUUGUGUUUUUCUUUGUAUAAUUUUUCUCUUAAAUGAUUACUAAAUUUUUUUAAUAAUUGAAUUAAAAUAGUUGGACCAUAUCUAUAUCAAUAGGCUAUGUUUCUGUUUUAAUAUAAUUGAUUAAAAUAGUUGGAUCAUGCCUAUAUUAAUAGGUGUUUUAAUAGAAUAGAUAUUUUUAGUUAUAUUUAUGUUUUUUUUUGUAUAAUAUUUUUCUUAAAUAAUUGAUAAAUUUUUAGUAAUUAUAUUAAAAUAGUUAGACCAUAUUAUAUCAAUAACUCAUGUUCUUGUUUUAAUAGAAUAGAUAAUUAGUUUUUGCAUAAUUGGUUUGGCUGCUUGUUGUGAGAAUAUUUUUGAAAAGCAAGAUACAAAAAUACCGAGAUGGGGCAUCGCAGCACAUGGAGACAUUGACACAUUACAAACUACAAAAAAAAUUAGUGCCUUGGUACGUCGUGAUAUAUUAAUUCAAUUUAUGUUAUUUCUGGAAAAUAAAAUUAAGUUGUUUGGGGAUACAAAAAGAAGCAUCUCCGGUUAUCAUUUAACCGCUAGUGAUGAGAGAGAAGCUUAUACAAUUAUAUAAUGUGUUUUGCUUAUCAUAAACAUAAAUUAAUAAUUAAUAAUCUUAAUAAUUCCUGCAAGCUGCUAUCCAUGUGGUUGGUUUUUACUUUCAGAUUUUCGUCUGAAACCGAACUUUUAAAAGUUACUUAAAACCUAAAAAAAAAUUAGAAUUUAACUAAUUUUAUCUUGGCAACAUUUUAAUGAAUGAUUAUUCAAAUUUAAAUUGUCUUUUGGUCAACAGAGUUAGUGCCUUUUGUUUUUUUUUGCCAACAAAGUUAAAUGUCUUUUCAUGUUUACUGUAUAAUCAACAAAGUGAUAGAUACAUCAAAAUACGAAUCUUAUCCUGAUAUAAAUUAACUAAGGGCCAAGUAUUUAUUCCCAUAAUCGGUCCAUCAACACAAUUAUCAAAAAACAAAGACUUUUAAAAUGAACCACAAUACUAAUUAACAAUAAUAAAUACAUAACCCUAAUCAAAAUACAAUCACUAAUUCGAAAAGACAGAGAAGACAGUUCCGUAAUUAUCUCAAAAACCUGGUGGCAUUUUUGUAUUCCCUUCACUAUUUAAACUUCGUCUCUCCCAAAUGCUCAAAUCCCUCCCACCUGCUUUCUCGUGAGAAGAAGAAAGAAAAACAGCAGCUCAAGAUUCAGUCUUUUCUAACUAAACAGAGAAGAAAGAAAGAGACAACAAUGGCCGAAGGUGUCGGAAAAUGCAGCAAGAUCCGCCACAUUGUGAAGCUCAGGCAAAUGCUCAGGCGAUGGCGAACCAAAGCACGUUUAUCUUCAGUCAGCCGUUCUGUGCCGUCGGAUGUUCCAUCUGGACACGUGGCGGUAUGCGUGGGAAGUGGCUGCAGGAGAUUUGUGGUGCGCGCGUCGUACCUGAACCAUCCGAUCCUGAGUAAUCUCCUUGUCCAAGCUGAGGAAGAGUACGGUUUCGUUAACCAGGGGCCGCUUGUCAUCCCGUGCGAAGAAUCGGUUUUCGAGGAAGCUAUCCGGUUUAUUUCCCGGUCGAACCGGUGUACUUGUCCCGAAGAUCUCCAGAAAUGCCACGGAGGGGUCACAAGCAAGCUUGAUCUUUUGAUCGAAUCUCGACCGUUGCUUCACGGGGUCGUCGAUAAAGCCGUCUGGUGAUUCUCUUAAGAUCGACGGUGAAGAAAUCAAAAUUUUGAAUAAAUCGUCAUUGACUAGGCUGAGUUACCACCAAGUCGGGUGGUGCUGAUUUUAAUCCCCCUUGGGUCACUUUUUUAUUUUAUACUAUUAAAUAUAUUUAAUUAUAUUGGUGGGUUUGAAUCGGGUGGCGAGUUACUCACCGAGUAGUGAAAGAGACAGCGGUUAAAAAGUGUGUGAAUCAUUCCACCGAGUCAUCCCGGGUUCGAAGCCAAGUUCAAGACUGUAAAUGCAAAUAAGACAGAUGAACGUUUGGUCUGAUGGGAAAUAGAGAAAGUGAGUUGAUUUCAAAGGGCUUUUGAUUUGAAUAUUAACACCUUCUCUUUUAUUUUUCCAAAUAAGUUUUAGAAUCGAUAUUUGUGCUAAGUACUUUCAAAUAUCAUCAUUUCUUUAAAAUUUA